UUUUUAAUUAUACAUAAUUUUUAAAAAAAAAAAAUUUCUUCCGUUAGAGAACCAUGGAUUCAAUCCAGGCUGUGGUGUUGUAUCUGGUAUCGAGUAGAAGAGACUGGAAGAUCCCCGUCGAGACAAGGCGGAGAGAGCGUGGAAGUUGCUGGAUCGCCGUAGAAACGCCCGCGCCGAAUUUUUGUCCCUCAGCCAAACAUUAAGUUCUCCGCCCCGUCGCUUGCGGCAGCUUUUCUUUUCUUCAUUCAUUCUCACACUGUUCUCCUCCUUUCUUCUCCUCCUCAACUAUCUAUCUUAAGUCUGUUUUCCCUUCUGGAGCAGGUCUUUUUUUUUUUUUUAAUCUCACUCUCCCAUCGUCCUUUUUUAUCUGUGAUUUAACGAUCUUACGUUGUACCUUAUUCACGUAGAUUUACAAUGAAUAUCUUGGGGUUCUAUAUGGUAUACUUGUGACUAACACAACAUUCGACGUGGAAUAGAAUAUAACCUACAUCCCGCAUCAUGUCCGAGACCUUUGAGUUCCAGGCUGAGAUCUCUCAGCUCCUCUCUCUUAUCAUCAACACUGUCUACUCCAACAAGGAGAUUUUCCUGCGUGAACUUAUCUCCAACGCCUCCGAUGCCCUUGACAAGAUCCGCUAUGAGUCUUUGUCGGACCCAUCCAAGCUCGACUCGGGCAAGGACCUCCGCAUCGAUAUCAUUCCCAAUAAGGAGGCUAAGACCUUGACUAUCCGUGAUACCGGUAUCGGUAUGACCAAGGCUGACCUGAUCAACAACCUUGGUACCAUCGCUCGCUCUGGUACCAAGCAGUUCAUGGAAGCCCUCUCCGCAGGUGCCGAUAUCUCCAUGAUUGGCCAGUUCGGUGUUGGCUUCUAUACCUUCACCCUCACCCAGACUGACUACCUCAACGAGAGCCGCAUCAAGGAGGUUGUUCGCAAGCACUCCGAGUUCAUCUCUUACCCCAUCUACCUCCAUGUUUUGAAGGAAACCGAGAAGGAGGUUCCUGACGAGGAGGAGGAGACCAAGGAAGAGGAGGGCGAUGAGAAGAAGCCCAAGAUUGAGGAGGUUGAUGAAGAAGAAGAGAAGAAGGAGAAGAAGACCAAGACUGUCAAGGAGAGCAAGAUCGAGGAGGAGGAGCUCAACAAGACCAAGCCCAUCUGGACCCGUAACCCUGCUGAUAUCACCCAGGAGGAGUACGCUGCCUUCUACAAGUCCCUCUCCAAUGACUGGGAGGAUCACCUUGCUGUCAAGCACUUCUCCGUUGAGGGUCAGCUCGAGUUCCGUGCCAUCCUCUAUAUUCCUAAGCGUGCUCCUUUCGACCUCUUCGAGACCAAGAAGACCAAGAACAACAUCAAGCUCUAUGUUCGCCGUGUCUUCAUCACCGACGAUGCCACCGACCUCAUUCCUGAGUGGCUCAGCUUUAUCAAGGGUGUUGUUGAUUCUGAGGACCUUCCUCUUAACCUGUCCCGUGAGACCCUGCAACAGAACAAGAUCAUGAAGGUUAUUAAGAAGAACAUUGUCAAGAAGACCCUUGAGCUCUUCACCGAAAUUGCCGAAGAUCGUGAGCAGUUUGACAAGUUCUACUCUGCCUUCAGCAAGAACAUCAAACUUGGUGUCCACGAGGAUGCUCAGAACCGCCAGACCCUCGCUAAGCUGCUCCGUUACCAGUCUACCAAGUCGGGUGAUGAGGUCACCUCCCUCUCCGACUAUGUCACCCGCAUGCCUGAGCACCAGAAGCAAAUCUACUACAUCACUGGCGAGUCUAUCAAGGCUGUCGCCAAGUCUCCUUUCCUUGACAGCCUCAAGCAGAAGAACUUUGAGGUUCUCUUCCUGGUUGACCCCAUUGAUGAGUACGCUUUCACUCAGCUAAAGGAGUUUGACGGCAAGAAGCUUGUCGACAUCACCAAGGACUUUGAGCUUGAGGAGUCCGAGGCGGAGAAGGCUGAGCGUGAGAAGGAGGAGAAGGAGUUCGAGGGUCUCGCCAAGAGCCUCAAGAACAUCCUCGGUGAUAAGGUGGAGAAGGUUGUUGUCUCCCACAAACUUGUUGGCUCUCCUUGCGCCAUCCGUACUGGUCAGUUCGGUUGGUCUGCCAACAUGGAGCGUAUCAUGAAGGCCCAGGCCCUCCGUGACACCUCCAUGAGCUCCUACAUGUCUUCUAAGAAAACCUUCGAGAUCUCUCCCAAGUCUGCUAUCAUCAAGGAGCUCAAGAAGAAGGUCGAGGCUGAUGGCGAGAGCGACCGUACCGUCAAGUCCAUCACUCAGCUUCUAUUCGAGACCUCUCUCCUGGUUUCCGGUUUCACUAUCGACGAACCUGCCAGCUUUGCCGAGCGCAUCCAUAAGCUUGUGUCUCUUGGUCUGAACGUUGACGAGGAGGCAGAGACCUCGGAGGAGAAGGCCGCUGAAGAGGCUCCUGCCGCUGCCACUGGCGAGAGCUCCAUGGAGGAGGUUGACUAAAUGUUUCGGCAGCAACGGAAACGAAACUCAACUGCUUUUAUGACCUAUUAUCUAAAACUGUUCCAGCGGUAUUUGCAUCAGGGUUAUCUUACAUCACUGACUCGUAUUGCUGUUUCAUUUGGGACGGGUGAAAGGUGGUUUCUAGUUACGAUGUGAAUUUUAAUCUUUCGGCGUUUUGAGCGUUUGCUUUCCAUAUCAUACUACAUUAAAUUAUUACGUCUGAUCCAUGACUUUUACUUUCGCUCACUUCUCCGGGUUCGGAUAUUGAGUGAUCUUAAACAGGUAGAACCUUUUUCCAAUAAAGGCCAAGGCUUCAACUAUUACUAAGUCUUGUAUAUUCAUGUAUAUGCUCGAAUUAAUGAAAUGCUAAUGUCCGAUCUUGCUGGGGGGAACUAAGCUGCCUUCUACCUGCGCGUAGUCUGGCUUAUAUUGAGCGAUCAAGGAAUGA